UUUUAACAUCAUUUGUGGGCUACCUUUCCUUUGGAUUUUGAACUGCUCAAAAAGAAUUUCACUUUACAUCGUUGGAUCCCAGAAAUUCUGUCCACUGUCCUCCACUUUCUCUGUCUUCCUACCCCAAUAUCCUGUCCGAGCGCAAGACUCUUAAUCCGCAAAAUCCAAUUCUUCAAUCUAAUUUUUCUGUUAGAUAGGAGAUUAUUUGGAAAUUAUGGCUUCUAGAAGGCGGAUGCUUCUCAAGGUCAUCAUCCUGGGCGAUAGCGGGGUUGGCAAGACGUCUCUGAUGAACCAGUAUGUGAAUCGUAAGUUUAGCAACCAAUACAAAGCUACAAUUGGAGCUGACUUCUUGACAAAAGAAGUCCAGUUUGAAGAUAGAUUGUACACAUUGCAGAUAUGGGAUACAGCUGGACAAGAGAGGUUCCAGAGCCUUGGGGUGGCUUUCUACCGUGGAGCAGACUGUUGUGUUCUUGUGUACGAUGUUAAUGUCAUGAAAUCAUUUGAAAAUCUUAACAACUGGCGGGAAGAAUUUUUACUGCAGGCCAGUCCAUCUGACCCUGAAAACUUUCCAUUUAUUGUGUUGGGAAACAAGGUAGAUAUUGAUGGGGGCAAUAGUCGAGUGGUUUCCGAAAAGAAAGCAAAGGCAUGGUGUGCUUCUAAGGGAAACAUACCCUACUUUGAGACAUCUGCAAAAGAAGGAUAUAAUGUGGAAGCAGCUUUUCAGUGUAUAGCCAAGAAUGCUCUUAAAAAUGAACCUGAAGAAGAAUUAUAUCUUCCAGACACCAUUGAUGUAGCGGGGGGACAGCAGCAAAGAUCGACAGGAUGUGAAUGUUGAAUGGGGUCCUGAGUUGGCUCUUUUUUCUUUCAUUUGAUAUUUCUAACUCGUAUAUUCUGCAAUCAAAUGGAAGCUAUUGAUAUUAGAUGAUAUUGGACUUUCUCUCUUUGUACUUGAUCAAAUUCAAAAAGUGUAAUUUAUGGGGUUUAAUGUUUGCCCACACUUUCCGUACACUGCAAUACUGCAUUCAGCUUCGAGUCAGUGAACAAUAUGAUGCAUUUGUUUUGGAAACAUUUCCGAUUGUGGACUACAAAUUUCUGCUUA